AUGCCCGACAGGAAAAACUGCGCUGCAAAGGAGUUCAAGAACGCGGGCUCGAUGAGGCAAGAAGUCGACAUGCUUAAAAAAGUCUGCCAGACAUUUCAUAAAAAUAUAGUACAAUUUGUUGAGGAAUGGCACGAAGAUUAUAAGCCACUGCUGGUUAUGGAGUACGUGGCUGGAGGAAACCUUCAACAACGAAUGAAGGUACGCAUGGAGUUUGAGGAGAUUGCGAGCCUUGCCGGCCAGGCCCUCUCUGCCCUGGCAUUCCUCCAUGACCAGGGCGUGAUGCAUCGGGAUAUUAAGCCCGCGAACAUCCUUUGCGUGACUCCAAAUCACUACAAGCUAGCGGAUUUUGGGGUCUCGAGAGAUAUCACUUCCUUGCCAAGCAAGCAAGGAACCGCAGAGUAUAUGGCUCCGGAGGUCCACGCUUCCGCACCUUAUAGCUACGAAGCGGACAUUUGGUCAAUGCCAUGCUGCGUCUGGAUGCAGACGAACGACUAUCAGCGCGAAGAUGCGUUGAGGCACUACUCGUAUCUGUGGGAAGACCAAGGUGGCAGCGAAGAUUCGGACGCCGGGAGUGGAGCCAACACUCCAACAAACGCACAUCCAAACGGCUCUUUCUCGCCCAAAUCACCGGGCAGUCCAGAAGGUGAUGAGGCAGAGGAAGAGACAUCGAGGAAUGUCCAUAGGGAUGGCGAAGGAACGCCCGAGUGGGGAAGGCAACCUCAGGAUUUCCGCAACGAGGCCAAAACAGCCAUUCGCGGAGACAGUGUCUACAACCCGGCCAGCGCUCCUCCCCACCCUCCAUCUGGUCGAAGAGACGAUCAACGACCAGGCCGCCACCAGUCCCUCCUCCAUCAGCAGAGGGAUGCUCAAUGA